CACAGGCCUAUCUAGUCCAUCUAUCUCUCCUUUUGAUGUUUCAUAAUUUGUGGAUCAGUGCCUGUAUUACUGAGUCAAGCAGCAAGACAAGAUGAUGGCUGAUACAAUGAAGAGCUCUGAGGACAAAGGUGAUCAUGCUACCGAAAGCAUUCCUAGGUCUGCAGCAGCAAAAGAAUCUGAAGAGGCUAUUGAUACCGCGGGAGAUACCGCUAAGCUAAUAGUUGGCACCGGAAUUGGGACCAACAGGCCCCCUCCUUACGUGCAAGAGAAUGGCAUGGAAGCAACUGCCGAUACUAAUGUCGGUAUCGGUGACCCUCCUCUGGCAGAACUUGUCCCACCUCUCCUUCUUCCACAUGUGGCAUCAAACACUCAGGUGGGUGCAGUCUCCAUCCAAGACGGCAACCAGAGUUUAUUGCAGCCAGGAGAGUUAUCUGCGGCUGUGGGACAACAGAACUUACAGAGCCCUUCAUUAUCGGGUGCUACCGGUACCAAUGUGCACAUUAAUAAUGAUACUGAAACCCUAGUGGAAGCCACGUUGGUCCCUGAAGAAAGUGUUCCGGGUAUCCCUCAGGAACAGUCUCCUCCGGGUACCGGUACUACUGAUAGCACUGGUACAGGUACCCUCCUGGUAGAGGCGGAACCAUUGGGCUUUCAUCUGAGCACACGUACAAGUCGAUAUGUCCUUAUAUUUGGGUUGUUGCUCUGUGCAGCUGUCGGUGCUGGCAUUGCAGCAGCAGCAGUAACUGUCAAUUCCAAUUCUGACCAGGCCAUACCUGAACCAACAAUAAUUGCCAACACCUCCGCCACUACUAAUGAGCCCACCACAGCAACAGCCAACAACACCAAAACGGAUGUGACUCUUCCACCACCACACCUGUCGACUUUGGCCCGCAUCAGACAACGAGGGGUGCUUCGUUGCGGAGUGGCACUGGAAGUAGUCAUGCGAGGAUUCCACCGUGAAGAGGGCGAGGAGAAUAUGAUGGAUACCGAAAUGUGUCGAUCCUUUGCCGCGGCUGCCCUGGGCCGGGAUGCUUACAAGAUUCGUAUCGUGCAAGUACCCUUUGAUCAACGGUCUCAAGCCCUCCAGGAUGGACAAGUGGAUAUGAUGCACAAUGCCUUUGGGUUGACCAUGGAUCGAGAAGUGUAUGACUAUAGCAUUGGAGCCGGGAUCAAGUUUGCCACACCGCAUACAUUCAUUACAUCUGGCUUUGGAGGCCUACAAGACAUGGUGGCUUGUGCCGACCACGGUUUGCGGCAUAUUCAGGAAUGUGCCGACUUGAGAGUUUGUGUCCUGCAAGGAACACGACAAAUGGAUACGUUGGCUCUGCAGUUGCCUCGCAACAAUAUUGUCGAGGUGGAUUCGUAUAACACAGCCUUUGAACAAUUCGUCAAUGGCACGUGCAAUGUGGUCUUGGUAGCAUCCAUUCUGCACUUCAAUGCCGUUAUGCGAGAGCACAACUACACCGGAGAGUUCUACCCUUCUCCUGGCGUGUUCCUCACGGAACCCUUGGCACCGGCCACGAGAGCUGACGACCCAGAAUGGUCCGAUUUUGUUGAUAUCGUCAAACUGUCGUGGUUUACGGCCGAACGGUACGGGAUCACUAGGGACAAUGUGGAUGAUGAGGCCGCAAUUCACAAAUUCAAACGACCGCUGGUAGUCGGGGCAGAAUUCCAGAACAUGCUGUACGAUGCCAUUGCUGUUACAGGGAACUAUGGGGAAAUGUACGAUCGGAGAAUCAUAUCAGAGCUGUAUCCGCGAAUGGUGUAUCAUUAUGGCGUGAACGAGUCCUGUAAUGGAUUUCUCGUGUCUCGUCCUUUUGGACGCCAGGAGGUAACGGGACCUCCUCCACGGAGUAAUGGCACAAUGGCAGGGAUCAUCAGACGGGGAAGACUGCGGUGUGGAGUUGGUGUGUCAUCAUCUGUGCCUGCAGUAGAGAAACAACAAGAACUUGCCGACGGGCUUGUGGGUCUUCAGGGGAUGGACGUGGAAUUCUGUAAAGCGGUAGCCUCCGGUCUUCUGGGUUCUUCCGAGACGUUGGAGGUAGUAAAGGUUACAAAUGACACAAACGGCUUUUCCCUGCUGCAAGACGGACAAAUCGACAUUCUUGCGGGUGCUCCGUGGAACAUUGAAACUGAAGUAAGAGAGCCCACCACUGGCGUUGGAUUCUCGUUUUCUCAGCCCUACUUCUACAAUACCCCUGUUGUGGACAUCGUUGGAAGCAACAUGCUAUCCAACCGUUGCCUGGCCACUCGGCAAUCCGAUCAUGAAUGGGCAACGGCAGUGAAAUGGAUUGUGGAAGCCAUUAUCUUUGCUGAAGAAAAUGGAAUCACAAAGGAGACAUCCAACAAAAUGCCUACUGUCUCUCUGUACGGAAUUGAACUCAGUCGCAUAUUUCGCGAUGCUGUGAACGAUGUUGGCAACUUUGCCGAUAUCUGGAACCGCACUGUCCCAGACACCAUUCCAAGAGAAGGAAGGAACCUGCUUUUUGACGGAGCGAACCCGUCUCCUUUGAUUCCAAUCAUACCAGGGUUGCUGGAAUACUAGCCAGUCAUAGUGAAGAAGAUGCCACCUCCGGGAGAGCCACUCCAAGGAGAGUCGGGAGGAUUCCUGCUACCAAUUAUGGCGUUACUGGCUUGUUCGGGGACAUUGGUGCUUUGAGGUUUGCGUCUUGAUGUGCCCGUCACAAUUGAUCUUGAUCAGGCUCUCAGUGGUUAGCUAGCAUUUGCCUGUAAUAGUAGCAUCACAUAUUGUUGAUCUCCAUGAAGCCUGAUAAGUUGACUGUUCGCAGCAUCUGUGUCUGCCUGCCCCAUCGAAGCUGCGGAGAUGACGAAAGACCGAGCGCAGAGAUCCUUUAAUGUCAUCUUGGUGCCCCCCAUCCAACACCCGCCAACCGUGUUGCGAAAGACUACGAGGCUAGCUCACGUCGUCACAAAAGCAAGCACGUCAUCGCAAGCGCUCUCCGAGAUACUUGGUUUGAAAUGCGGUCACCAAGUCGUCGAGGACAUCCUUCCAAAAUUGGUUCAAGACUUGAUCUUGAUGCUGAUUGGAUCGUCCACCCUUCUUGUUUUCCGUGACCAGAGGCCUUCGCAGGUUCACUCCUGCCGAAAACUUCCAAAUGAUUCGUUGGAGGAGGCUUUCGGCACUACAUUCCAUCUUGUCGGCUAUUUGCUGAACCGCCGUUCGGAGUUGCGAGUCUUGCAACAAUGUCGGAAUGAUGUUGCUGCAAUGAAAGUCCACUCCUUGUCGGCAAAUAUCUGGCAAACACAACCGUUCCAAAAAGAUGUCGGUCGAUGCUAGACGCGUCGUGGAAGCUGCCACGGCCUUUUCGUGCAUUCGUUUGGGAACGUCUAACCAAGUGGCGUCGUCGCCUUCCUGCUGCAAUCGAUCAUGCCAUGUUUGUGCAUACAGAUAGAGCAUGCGCACAUCGCACGACAUGCCACCGUACUUGGCUCGCACUAGCAUGGCCCAAAUAGCAAGUUGUAGCUGUUUUUGUGACGAUUGCUGAUCCUGUGGUUGCUGCUUUGUCACCACCGGGUCUGUUCCAUCAUUUUGUUUGUCAGCCUUGCUCGUCGUGUUGGUGUCCGAUUCCGUAGACUUGUCGAUGUCUGUUGUCACCUCGCGCACAACAAGGAAUGGGUUGGACAAGGAGGGCUUCGUGGAGUUGUUGAUUGGUGUCUGUCCUUGAUCUGCCGAGGGUGAUGAUGCUUCGUCGUCCGGGUCUUGGUGCGAAGAGAGAUGAUCCUGUACGGGACACGACGCCACUUCAUAGACAAUACGCAAGAGUCGCAACUGGAGUGCCCGAAUCACGUUCCAGCGACUAUUGGUGGACGCGGGAGUAUUGUCGCCCUCUGAUGUUGUAUCGAUAUCAAAGAAGCCCUUGCUAUGGGCGACCAUGGCCCAAAUAAGCAAGGGAUAAUCUGGAUGCAAAGUAGAGUCUUCCAAUACGAUAAUGGGCAAUCGUCUGAGGAAUUCGCCCAGUGCCUUAUCCAUGAGUUCCAUGGCGACGCGGACACUGGGUAGUGGUCGUCGUCUACGAAUGGAUUUUUGUAGAAUGGAUUUGAGUACGGGUACCGAAAGUCGGGAAUGUUUUCGAACCCAUCGAUGAUCGUCUUGUGUGGCAUUGGCAGGAAUGCCAUUGGAAGUGACGGAUACCGUCAAGGCAAUGGUAGUGUGUGGAUCGGUUUCCUUGUCCUUGAGUUUCGAGUCACACGACCAAAGAGGUGGUGGUUCCUGCUGUGGAUGGUUGUUAUCAUUGUCGAUUACCUGUAGGUUCCAAGAGAAUUCUAAGGAAUCCUUAUUGUUGGGGUCAUAGUGGAGUGUCAAGUGCUGUUGUACUUGUUUGGUGCUGUUUGCGGAAGCGAAAACUUUGCUGGAUUGUUGCAUCAUGUGGGCAAAUACGUUAGUUUGUUUCUUAUCGUCGGUGGCACUAUUGGGUGACGGCGUUGAUUCUUGCUGUUGCCUUUGGUGUUCUUGAGUGACAGUCUGUUGAUCAAUGGGAGGGAGUGGUGUUGGUUGUGGUUGUGAAUUUUCAGGUGAAACAAUGGAUGAAGCAUGGAGCAUUAACAAGGCAUGUCCCACAUCCAGGUUGUUGUGAUCUUCAAUAGUAGUUUUGCUGGUCAUUGCAGAAUCAGUGUUUUGAUGGGCCUCUGUACUACUAGACAGAUUGGGCGUGCAAGACUCUUCUGCUUUGUCAGAAUCCUCAUCUUGUUCCGUCUUGAUUGGACUAUCUAUACAUGUAUG